AUGCUUGGAGACGGUGCGUCCUGUCCGCUGGCUGACGUCAUCGCCAUCGGUUCCGCCUCCGCCGACGCCUUCACCAUGGCGUCUUCGCCGGCGGCUUUCGUUGGUGCAAUUCUGCGUACUGUUGCUGUCUUGACGCUUCUGUUGAUCACUUCAGAUGCGGAUUUUUUGAGCUGUAACACUUUCGCGGAAUCCACUGAAACGGAGAUUCGUCUACUAUGCGACUUCUGGAGUGAGGGUGUGAUUCUCGAGUGUAAUGAAUUGGUGGACUUUUGUUGGAGCAGAUGCGAUUGA